UUAAACUCACCCAAUUAAUUUUGUAGAGCAAACUUCUGCAAGUCCAGUAUCUCCCUCUUUCUGACUGCAGUUGAAUUUGAAACUCAUUCAAUUCCUUGUUUGAAACAAGAAAUCCACCUCUAUUACUUCUGUGACUAUGAGUCGGCAGCCGGAGGUUCUGUGGGCACAGCGGUCGGACAAGGUGUACCUGACCGUAUCAGUUCCCGACGCCAAAGACAUCUCCGUCAAAUGCGAAGCCGACGGCCUCUUCACUUUCUCCGCCGUCGGGGUCAAUGGCGACCCCUUCAACUUCACUCUUCAACUCUAUGGCAACAUUUCCCCUCAGGGAUGCAAGACAAAAACUGGUUUGAGGAAUAUACUAUGCUCUAUUCUGAAAGAACCGAAGGGUUGGUGGAAAAGGCUACUGAAAUCUGAAGGAAAACCUGCUCCAUACAUUAAGGUUGAUUGGAAUAAAUGGUGCGAUGAGGAUGAUGAAGAAUCUGACUCAAAUCUGGCUUCUGAUGAUGACACUGUGUAUACUGGUGAAAACGAAGAGAGCAGCGAUGAUGAAGGAAUGCUUUAUCUUCCUGACUUGGAGAAAGCUAGGGGUAGCAUCUCCUGAAAUCCACAUAUCAUCUUUUGGCACCAAGAAAUCUUCUAGAGUUAUCGCCAUUAGAAAUAUGCAGUCAUUUCGAUAUCGAGAUGGCAUUGUUGUGUAGACUUUGAUCUCAAUCACAAUGUAGUGAGAAAUUUUAUGUCAUCGAACAUUUGGUACUGAAAAGAUGAUCACUGAAUUUCUGCUUGAA